AUGGCUGGCAUGGGCUAUCCUCGGGGUAGCCCAUGCGAGGCAUCUCAUCGCAAUCACAGCGCUCUUCGUGAAGACACGAGCUUCCUCCAGUUCAAGAGAAGGCAUGAGGAAGAAGAUUGGCGCAAUGCACAGCCGUCGAACACACUACAGAACCCAAGGUUGGCAGACUUCGAACUGUGCCAAGCUCAAGGUUCCCAAGCACAUCAAUCUCAUCAAGCUCGGAUGGCCAUGGGCCAGGAAAUCCUUGCCGCCUCGCUACGUGGGGACGCGUCAGCAUGCAGCAUCGGCGAGGUGCUUCUCUUCUCACCGACGGAGUCGCCCCCCUAUUUUCAGACGGAAUGUUGCCCUGCCGGUAAGGACUUUUGCAGUGGCUGCGCAAAGCUGAAUGGCGGCAAGACAGCCUGCGAGAAGUGCAGUGGGGGAUUCACGCAGAUUUCCGGCAAGUGCAUUGCUUGUGUGGAUCUUCCUGGUUGGGUCAACAGCGUCUCACAGGGCUGCAUGACAGCAUCUUGCUCUGCAGAGAAGUUUCAAGGCUAUUCCUCUGAAGCUGCUUGCUGCAAGUGCGGAGGUGGACAGAAAGCUGCCACCAGUUUUGCGUACUAUGUCGGGCCUUUGGCGAUCGGAUCCACCGGGGUUCAGGGUUACCCGGUGCCGCAAACUGCCAGUUCAUAUUCAGUGGACAAGGACUGCGAGCUGGCUAAGUAUGGACUAUCCAUCAGCCCAACAACAGGAGCGUUGGAGCUCGCGCCGGGCUGCACUAAGGUGGGCUGUGGCAAAGCACAGAGCAUCGAAGUGAGUUGCGUGAUCACGGCGAACCAGGAGGGUGGACUAACCUCCAGUGCGACAGUCGAUGUGCUGGCCGGGGAUGUGAGCUAUGGGUCUGGCCCGGUCGUUCUGCGCAGUGGCGCCUCCACGAGCAUCCUUCCUGCCGUGAACAUGGAGAAGGCAGGCUCGGGAAGCUUUGAAGGGCUUUCCUGCGUCCCAGGCGACGCAAGCAGCUGGCUGCAACUUGACUCAACAUCGGGCAAGCUUUCGCUCAAGUCUGAAGCGGUGGUGGAAGGAGGCCUGACGAGUGUGGUGGGCUCGAACAUGGGGAAAGGUGGCGUUUGCGUGGUGGAGAAAGGCAGUGCAAAGACAAGCGUGAUCGUGCUUGCGCCCACGCCCUGGUCCUCCAUGAGCUACAGCUACAGCAGCGCUGUGUUCUAUGCCACGGUCGGGGAAAAGUCGCCCAUUCUAUCGCCCCAAUCUGAUGGCAGCGGCCUCCCCCCUACACGCUUUUCCGCCAACUGUGCAGGUGCAGCGUUCGCUUUUGAUGUCGUGAGUGGUUCGGCGACAUGGGACGGCCACCAGAUCUUUACGCUGGACGUGGCCCGCGGCGAUUUGCAGCUCACCCCGGAAGAGUCGCUGACGAAGUCGCUGGAUGCCUCCGCUGUCACUGCUGUUCGGCGGAAAAUCGGUCUCGCGUGCACGAUUUUCGGGCACUAUGAGUGGGUGCCUGCUGGUGCAGGGCCAGUCCUCACCCACCGGCUGUCUAUUGAGUUGCGGGACCACACCUGCUGGGCGCAGAAGAAGCAAAGCUUUGCCACUCGUGUCUUGCAGGGGAGCCAGUCUGAAGAUGAUUGCCGAAGCUUGUGUCGUGGCAGAGCAUCUUGCACGCACUGGGGUAUGGAUGGUGGCAAGUGCUACUUCUACAGUAGCGUGUGCAAGAGUGCCAAUGUCAAUCACUUUGCUUGCGCUCACGAGAAUGUGACCGUUACAGAGCGGUAUCCUGGCUGCGGCGAGCGCCACAGCUGUGUUGACAUCAAGUUGCCUGGCUACCACUACAUCUCCGGCAAAUAUUGCCCGGGCGGGGAAAAUUCAGCGAGCAUCGCCCAGGGCCCGUUGUACUUCAAGAAGGGCUUGACCGUCGAGGACAGCGUUGCUGUGUGCAUCUACAAACUCCCCUUCACCACGCAAGCGAGUAGCAAGAGGUCUUUCAUCGUAGCUACCGUUUGUCUCGAGAGUUUCUGGCUGAUGCGUGGGAACUCUCGUGGCUGCUCCAGCGGCUACUGGGCGAUUGCAAAGCCAAAAGAAACGCAAGACUACGAGAACCGCACGAUGGCCUACGUGGAGUUGCACGGCAGCACUGUGGCCUGCAUUAAGGGUGAGUCGGGUGACCUUCCCUCUGACAUCUUCGGGCAGACGACGAAUCUCACGGUCAUGACCCUUGAUGCCCAAGGGGCUACGGCCACUGUGGCUGCUCCUGGGUGCACCAUGCCCAACGUCACCGCGGAUGGGGCGGAGGAAGGGGACGCUGUCGAAGCACUAGUGCUGGAUGACCCUGCGUCCGAUACGGUCGGUGACCACUGGCUCCAUCCCUGCCAGUGUGUCCCUACUGGCUGGGGCAAACUGCCACCUGUUUCCAGCGAAAGUGCUUCUGGCAUACCCGCCGGCAGCAGCAAUGAGUUCUUGCCUGGUCCCAUAGUCAUCGUGGAUGGUCAGUUUGUGUGUGAGCAGAAGUACCUCACCCAAGUCAUCGAAGAGACAGAGACCGAAGGCUUGGAUGAUGGCAACUGCAAGACGCACUGCAUAGACAAGGAGUGCCCCUUCUACUGGGAGGGUGAGGUCAUGUCGACGAAGCAGUGUCGAAUCUAUAGCAGCUGCACGGAGCUUGUGCGUGAGGUUGGUGUGGAAGGUGUCCUCUACGGGAUGACUUACGAAAAGACCUGCAAGGUUGCUGACCCGACGUUGUGCUGGAAGGUGACCAAGCGGCGAUCCUUUCUGGGCGCCGGUGUUCCCGGAAUUGAUUAUGACUGCCUCUACCAGGACUUGCUUGAGCAGUGCGAUCACAAGCUGAUGCUUGGUGGCCUCGGGGUCACUACCUGUGGGCUUUGCGAGUAUGUGCCGAUCAAGGCGGCGAGGGAGCUUCGUGGCAGCAAUGGCUUCUGCGCAGACGCAUCUCACACCAACAACGUGUACUUGCACUCUUGCCAUGGGGGCAAGAACCAGAAGUGGUACUUUGAUGAAAGCGAGCGGUUGAAAGUGGAGCACAACAACAUGUGUCUGACCUAUCACGGUUCUUCUCACUCCGAAAACGUAGGUCUUGAAGCUUGUCGGAAGGAUGACAAUGCCCAAAAGUGGUAUUGGGAUGGCCUCAUGCUGAAAACCCGUUCUACCAAUCGGUGCUUGGAUUGGGAUGCCAAGGGCUCCAACAUGUAUGUUCGCGGAUGUCCCGACAAAGUUCACUUCUGGACCUGGAGGAACAAAGCGCGCGGUGGGCAGCAGGUAGCUUCAGACCACAACCAGAAAUGUAUGACUCACAAUACGGAAAGCAACGUCGUGGAAGUGAACGACUGCGGCCUGGCAACGAAGUAUCGGUGGUAUUGGGAUGGCAGCUCAGAGCGAAUCAAAUCAGAGGCGGACUCGUCCAAGUGCAUGGACGUAACCAGUUCGGACAAUGUCCACAUGGGCCCUUGCAAUCCGUUGAGUAGCCAAGAUUGGUACUUCGACGGGAAGCUCAUAAGGUCCAGGGCAGAUGAGCGUUGCCUGGACCUGACGUCCACCGGAAAGCUCGUGCGCCGCAAUUGUCCAGACAGCCCUUGGAAAAAAUGGCACUGGGGGCCGGCUGUCGUGGUGCCAAUGGGCCGGAGGUUAAAGAGUCGCAGCAGCAACCUGUGUUGGAGCAUUGGCGCCAACAACAAUGUCGAAGCCGCCCCUUGCAAUGACGAUGAGCGGCAGGAGUGGUACUUCAAAGGCAGCGAGCUCCGCUCGUUGGGCAGCAGCAAGUGCCUCGACAUGGCCGCCGACCACAACUUGUACAUGUACAAAUGCCACGGCAGGUCCAACCAGCAGUUUUACUGGGACGGGGAGUUCCUGAAGGUAGAGGCCAACAACUAUUGCAUUGAUCUGAACCACCUAGGGAACCUCUACGUGCAUGCGUGCCAUGGUGGUCUCAACCAGCAAUUCUACUGGGACGGAUUCUACUCUGAGGAUCCCCGACGGCUCAAGUGUCGCAGCAGCAGCCUCUGUUGGAGCUUUGGGCAGCACAGUAAGAACGUCUACAUGACCUCGUGCUCUAGCGGGCAGCACCAGAAGUGGUACUUCCAAGGCCGCCAGCUGCGCUCCGCCUACAGCAACAACUGCAUUGAGAUGGCCGCCGACCACAACUUGUACAUGACCGCAUGCAACGAUGGGACCAAUCAGAAGUUUUACUGGGACGGGGAGUUCCUGAAGGUGGAGGCCAACAACUAUUGCGUUGAUCUGAACCACCUGGGGAACCUCUACGUGCACGCAUGCCAUGGUGGUCCCAACCAGAAAUUCUACUGGGACGAAUUGCACUACAAGGGAAGAACCCUACAAAGCGGCAACUCCUGCCUGGACAUAAACGGACCAAAAGAGGCAGUUAUGUUCUCCUGCCACAAUGGGUCUAAUCAGCUCUUCUACUUCGAAGGGGAGUCUCUCAGGGUUGAAGCGCACACGGGGCUCUGCCUGAACUACGGGACCGACAAGCUGUACCUCGAGUCCUGCCAAGACAAGAAUACCCAGAAGUUCUUCCUCGAGAACCAGAACAUGCGUACCAGGCAGGAUGGCACUUGCCUGGACGUCCAGCCUUUUAACGGCAAGACCUGGAGCCAGACUUUCAUGGGCAGCUGCCCGAGCAGCACGACGUUGAAGUGGACCUUCAAGUCCCAACUCCACAACAGCGCUCAGCUUACAGUCGCCACACCAUCUCUUUACUGUCUGACUUUGGAGCCCAGUAGCAACCCUCCCUUGGCAGCAAAGCCAUGUGCUGCUGUGGAAGCAAAGAGUUUGUGGUACUUCACCGGCGACCUGCUGAAGUCAGAGCAUGAUGCCUCCAAGUGCUUGUACUACAACUACUUCACAAAGAAGAUUCAAUAUGGGUCGUGCACUCAUUGGCCUAAAAUGAAGUUCCACGACGAGGGGGGGGUGUUGCGGAAUAUAGGUUAUGACGGCGACUUGUGCUUGAACUACGACGAGGUCACCAACACCGAUUUUCUUGGUUUCUGUCCGGAUGCUCGGAACCACCAGUGGCGGUUCGGCUAUGAUCUGGCGAGGAAGGUGCCACUUCCAACGGCUUUCCAGCAUGGCCAAAGCCUGCAUGCUUCCUGUUGGUCCGAGCGUUUUGCAGCUGGGUCGCGCACGUCUGAAACCAUGAGCUGCGUAGCUGGUGCAUGGAUCAAUUCCCAGAACAAAGCAGGUCUUGAUGGCUUCACCUGCGCUUCAUGUAUUCAGGUGGUGUCCAAAGUCUACGCAGACCUUGAUUCGAUAAUGCGACAGGAGCUUUUCUUCGUCAGCCGGAUGAAGCUUGAGCUUGCAGUUGACACACGCACACGGCGUUCGGUCACUUCCUCCGGUGCGCUCAGGCUGGGUGGCUCCGCCGACCUGUUUGUGGCCGAGCUGAUGCCUGGGGCCGCCGACACCAUGCACAGGUUCCGGUCGUUGACCACGGAAGGCCAGUGCCUCAAGGCGGCGGCGCUACGCUUGACAGCCUCCGCUUGCAAUGACACCGAUCCCGGUCAGCUGAUGGAGGCCGUGGAGUUGGGCACCUUGAUGUGGGACGAGUUCCAGGCCGGCACUGCCGUGCCGACAAAGUCGCAGUCCGGCCUUCUUAACCGCGGAUCUGCCCCAACUACGUUACGCAGCUUCCAGUUGGAUGCAAGCUGUGGCCAGCAUGUUCUUUCCUCGAUUGGGUUUAGCUACAACGGCCUACUUGGAAUGUCAGCCACCUGCACUGCUGCCAGCACCUACGGAGAUGCGGUCGAGCACACGCUCUCGGUCCCGGGCGACAUCAAAAUCACCAGUGUGAGCGAUGGGACAUGCAUGAGCAUCCACCGUAUCGUCCCGUUUCGCCUGAGGGUACAGUUGGGCGAAACGUGGUGGUGUCUGCGUUAUGAUAGCGAGAGCAACGUCGACACGGCGAGCUGCAGUGACGACAAUGGGCAAAAGUGGUACAUGAUAAAUGGAAACAUAAUCUCGCUUAAGAAUGGCCUGUGCUUGGACGUUAACACGGGAACAAGCAAUGUGUACAUGCACGGGUGCCAUAAUGGGGACAAUCAGAAGUUCUAUUGGGAUGAAGAUGAUAAGGACCUUCGAUCAGAGUGGAAUCAUAAAUGUCUGGAUCGAAACCAUGAAAACAACAUCUACAUGCACCCAUGCACCGGAGGGGAGAACCAGAAGUUUGACUUUGACAAGGUGGAUGGGAGUGCUUUCACCACAGCCUUACACUUGGAGUGCAGCGAGUCUGAGAAAGAGGCGAUCACGGUGGAACCAGUUGGUACGCUUGCCAAAUUCCACCUCAAGCACGGCCAAGUCCAGUUCCCUGGGGAGUACAAGUGGAAUGCAAAUGCCAAGAGUAUCCAGAAGAUCGGCACCACCAAGUGCUUGGAGGCCCGCGGCUUAGGCCGCGUAGAGGAAAGAGACUGUGCGGAGCGUGUGGAGCAAGAAUGGACUCUGUCCCACGGGCUCUUCGGCCUUACCGACUCCCCUCUCAAGUGUCCCACAGAUCAAAUCAUCAGCUAUGUAGAGAAGACAAGCUCUCAGAUUAAGUUCAAUUGCAGCCAUGUUUCCUCUUUGGGAGCUUGCACCCUUCUCUACUCCACGCAAGUGGAGACAAAGUCCUCCGACCUUGAGAAGAUCAAGGCGUUGCCCGCUCUGGGUGCCUUCUGCCCACCGGGCGAGGGUUUGAAGAGCUUUGAGACCGAGGCCUCGGACAAAGGCGCCUGGAUCCGCGUCAAAUUCACGUGUUGCCAAAUCAGUCGCGUGCCUGCCUCCAUCUACCCAACCCUGAACGGGGGCAGAAGGGAGUUCGAAACCAGUCUGGCGGAGGCUUGGGAAGGCAUAUACUGCCCUGAGUCGCGGGACGACAGCGGUCGCAUGGCAUUCAAGCAAAGCAGGAGUUUUCGCCCAGGCCAGGGUGCCUCUGGAACACUCAGUUAUGACAAGCUUGAAGGUAAAUGGUGCGUUCCCGGGAAGGAUUGUGCAUACUCAGACGUCGUGCAUCCUUUGGACACUUCGCUGCACACCGAUGCCUGGUACGUGGUGCCUGUCAGCGACUUCGAUGCUGCCUUCGAGGCCAAGGGCGUCAAGCAGGUGACCGAGAAGCGCCGGAAACCGCCGCAGCUGAUCAAGUUCGGUGCUUCAGCUCCAGAAUACUUGCCGGAGUGCAAGGACGAGUCGCACCCAGGAGCCCGCAGCUUCAAGUUGGCGGACAUGAAUGCGGAGGCGCAGAACUUGGAUGAGGAGAAUCCAUGCAAGUAUGUCUACGGUGUGGCACCCACGAACCGGGAGAUGGAUGAAGGUGAAGGCAUGACUGGCUGGAUCGAUGACAUGCAAGGCAACGUGGGGCCGGGACAGAGCGGUGUCACCUACAAGUCCGUGAAGGAGUGCACUGACCGCAACAUCAUCCGGGCUCGUGGGAUUGGCAAAGUGAACAAUGCUCACUUCUAUGCCACGCUGCCGAUAAGCCCGAUCAAGGACCUAAUUUCAGGCUUUACGGACUACAUUCCAAAACCGGAGGUUGCUCCCAUGGGCCUCGGCUUGGAAUUUAAUCCGGGCAGUUUUUUGAAAACCCUCGCCUUCACAAGGCUCAACAUCAUAGAGGCGGGUCUCAACAUCUGGCAGCAUGAAAGGGAGAGACUUCACAACCAAGCUGGGCUCGACGACUGCGAUCCCAUCCAGCAUGGUUUCGCCCGGACUUUCUGCGACCUCCACUGCAUACGAGACGCUGUGCGAAAGGGCGAUGACGCCAUUCUCCGCGCAUUGGAAGAGGCAGUUGAGAUCGUCGGAAAGAACACGCAAGUCCUACUGGAGCACUAUGUUGGGAGCUCUGACUCUGGUGUGUCCUUGGGUGAGGCCUCAGAGAUCCGCCGUGGAGUAGAGAGACACCUUGCGGAGACCAUCGCUGUGGCGCAGGAGGCCGCCUUGCAGCCCCUGGCCUCCUUGGCUGCCGAGCGCGCCGUCCGGGCCUUCUCGGGGCGCUGGCGGAGUGCCGCGGACGCCGCGGGCGUCGCGAACGCAUCGGAGCUGCAGGGAUGGCUGCGCCAGAUGCACGGGGACGCGGCGGAGCUGCGCUCCACGGUGAUGGCCGUGUCAGACCGGAAGCUCUCUUUGGUGGAAGAACUCCAGCAGCGCUCCUUGAAGAUGGUCGCCUACGUGAACAGCUUCCUCAAGGCUAAGGCGCAUGUCCUGGGCCUUUACCAGCAGAUGGCCGGCCAGGGAAAGCGCGCGCAGCGUUGGUUCAAGAUGCGAUUUCAAGAGAAGCUCCGGCUCAUAUCUGAGCUUCAGGAUGCACGCUUGGCUCAGGCCCUGGAAACUUUCGACUCAACAUGGUGGGAAAUCCGGAAGAGCCUGGACGACUACCUCAGCGCGGCCGAAGACCAGAAUACGGCCUUGGGCCAUGCUUCGCAUGCGCUGCGCAGCUACACCUCCAAGUGUCAAGCCAGCUUUACGCAGCUGAAGGAGGCCUAUGCCACCUCAGCGCGUGCAAAAAAGAAAGCGCAUGAAGUUCUGCAGAAGACCUGGUCGGAGGUGACAUUCCAGGUGGGAAUGCUUGCGUCGAAGGUUCUUGACUCGGGCUUGCUGGAUCAGCUUGCGCUGGCGGACGUGAAGUCGGCGAAAACGGUGGAUGCCAGCAAGGCAGAGAUUCAGUCGUUCUGCAAUGGUGACGAGGUGGAGGCUUUGAAGUACGUGAGCGGGAACCUGCAGAACAUCACGGACGGUGGCUUCCUAGGACAGACCCGAAGGCAGAUGGAGGUCCUCUUCGAAGAAAUGAGAAUGCUCCAGCAGCGUUUUCUGGCUGCAGGAGGGGAAGCGCCGAAUGCCGAGGUCGCCAGGGAGGCUUCUGCACGGCUGUCUGAGGCGGCGGCUGCUGCACAGUCCAAUGUGAAUCACCUAACUAAAGAGUUGUCGGAGCUCUGGCGUAGCCAAUUGUGCCGUCUAUCGAGCUCACAGCUUCACCGGAGGUGA